UCGAACGGAGAACGAGGGAACUUCCGCGGAUAAUGGAGGUCUCAGACUGACGAGCUUGCAGCUCGUGCGGCAACGUUUAAGCGAGAUUUCUCAAUUGUUUGUGUCUAGAGUCGCGCAUGGUCGUACAGAAUCGGUAGGUUGCUUUAUGCCUUUGCGAGAUCAACCGGCAUCCGCGGGAUGAACGUCGACCGUGCCGAGUAAAACGAAGGAGAGACCACGCGCCCCCAGCUUCGCCUCUCUCAGCCUUUCUGCGCGCCGUGGUACACGAGCGAGCAUCCCAUCUUCGUGGGCUUCUUUGGUUUGUUGAAAACUUCGUGCACCACCCCCGGUGGUCCGGGAUUUACCCCACUAUUUCUACAACAUGUUGCUCCGAAGCUCGUCUUAGAUGCGACUUAAACUUACAUUUACAUUUAGUAACUUGGAAUUCAAGUUCACGUUGCAUUACUCGGAUUCACGUCGUGAACGUUUCCUCGCACGUUCUAAGAGUUUCGUUGUUCGGAAGAUACACCUUCACAGGAUCAAGACCAUGCAGACCAAGGGUAAAAAUAGGAAAAACGGAAAGCUUGGCAAGCUUUUCGUUGGGAACGCAAACGACGCGAGUCAUCCGGACCUGUCCAGCUUGCGUAAGCCGAUUGAUACGAGUAUGUCCGAUUUGUCCCAAGUCAGUAGACUCCUCGAGGAUGGCACUGACGAGGUUAAAGCUAUAUUGUCGUACGAAUGUAGCAUUAUAUAUGAGUGCCGUGUCUGCCAGAGCUUAUUCAGGAGCAUCGUUAAUCUAGUAUCUCACAAGAGAGAGUUUUGCAAGGAAAAGUUUAAUAUCACAUUCCGCAAACGUGUAUUGAAUAAUUAUAAUAUGCAUUCUAGUAGAAAAUCGAUGAUACAUAUGUUUAAAACAGAGCAGACAAAUAACGAAGAAAGCAUAAAGAAUGAUAGAAUACUCAGGAGUCAAGUAUCCAAAGAACCAAAUAAAAAGGAUCUCAGUGCGAUAAUAGAUAUGAUAAACGAAAAGCGUAAAGAACAUAUUGAGAAGCAAGCGGAAGAGGAAAACGCCAUCUCCAAUGAUCAAUCUCCAGAUGAUCAACCUAUUUAUUUGAAGGCUGCAGAUAUAAAUUGUUCUGCAGUAUAUCAAACUGUCAAAUCAUCGGAUGCAGUGGUCGAUGCUAUAGAUUUAAUGAAAGAAGAAAUAAUAGAAUUGCAGAAUAUAACAGACAAGACUGCCCUUGUAGUAAAUGGACAAAUGUCUGAAAAUCAAUUGUCUGAAAAUCAAUUGUCUGAAAAUCAACUGACUGAAAAUCAAUUUUCUGAAAAUCAAUUGACUAAAAAUCAAUUGUCUGAAAAAAGUGACAGUCCUAUUCAGAGAAAUAUGAGCGACGAAGAUGAAGAGAGUGAAUUAUUGAUAUAUAGAUUACCAAUGAAUAAUUUAUCUUGCUCUCUAUGUAAUGCAAAAUUCUCUACAAGAAAGACAUUAACUGUUCACAUGAAAACGCUACAUACGUUCAAACGUUUGUGUUAUCCUUGUCCUUGCUGUGCAAAUACAUUUGCAAAUACGUGGAGUGUUUAUCGGCAUUUAUAUAAAGUUCAUAAGAAGACCAAUGAACAAGUGCGUAAGUUAAGACUACAAAUUCAAAAAAAAGCGUUUCACAGAAAGACAACUGCAAUGAGAGAUAUAGAAAAUGUUUGUGCAGCUAAAGUAUCUGCUUUAGAAAAUGCAAUUGAAAAUAGUGAGAAAACUCAGGAACUGACAAGUCAUACAGAACCUAAUACAAAGCUCUGCGGUAAACAUGGAAGAAAAUUAAAGGCAACUUUGUCAUACAUGCAAUGUUAUCAAACGCCAAUCGCUACAUGCGACGAAACAAUAAGGAACGAGCAAUGUAAUAAAUUAUUAGCCUCGAUAUCUGAUGACGUACGUGAAGCAGACGUUAAUUUAGUAGCUGAUACAUUUAUAAAGCCAUCUGACAUGAAUAUAUUGAGUGAAAAUUCCGAGUAUACAAUGUUAUCUCCUGAGAUUUGUAAUCACGAAGCGUCCAUUCGUGUACAAACAAUUUCUAGUUUUAAUAAGGAGCCUUAUAUGCCAGGGAAUGAAGAUAAUCAUCUUUCUGAACGUAAUUUAGUGGAUAGCAAUAAUGAUUUUGAUGUUACGCCAUCACAAAGUAUUGAUAAUAGUGAAUCACCGUCUUCCACUGAGAAUCAAGAUAAUUUUGUGUCUGACGAAAAUUCAAAAUCAUCCGACCUUGUAUCUAUAGAAGUAAACGAAGUUGAUUCUGUCGCUUCAGAGCUGAGUAAAAAGGAAGAAGCGUUGAGCCAACAUAAUGAUAAGCAAUUGACUAAUUCAAAAGAGGGAGAUGAGAUGGAAACGGAAGAAAAUAAUUUCAAGUCGCAGUCUUUGUGUUCACCACCGAAUGAAAAGAAUCGAGCUUCACUAAUAGACACUAAAGUAACUUCCAUUGCAAACUUCCGGAAACAACGGUGUCUUUUGUGCGAUCGGAAAUUUACAUCCAUACCUAAUCUACGCAGGCACGUAGCGAUACACGUCGGUUGGAAUCGCUAUAGCUGCAAGUUGUGUGAUUUUAAAAGCUUCGUAAAAUGCGAGUGUGUUUUACAUUGCAAUAAAGUGCAUAAUAUGCAAAAUAGCACGGCUAUAGCAGAAAUGAUACUUGAAAUACCGCCAAACGAAUAUACAUAUAACGAGGACAUUAUUACAAAUGCAACGAGUUUAGAAAAAAAAUUGGACAAUUCCGAUAUUACGGACGAUUCAACUGCAUCGUCGUGUCAACAAAAAAUGCGUGUGAAUUCAGAUAGUUGUACUGACUUGGAGACGCAUGCUACUUCGCAAAGCACAGCUACUGCCACGAAGAGUGAGCAAGUUGCGGAGUCACAUAGAAGUGUCGAACGUCAGAAUAUCGAUGUGAACAAUAGUGAUAAAAUUGUAACGUCAGAAGUGUCAGAAUCAGUGUUGAAUAAUAAAAAAUUAGAUGACAAUCCUGAACUUAAACGGAUGAUAAUGGAAGUGAUAUUUGGUUCGACCGAUGUGAGCACGAUUGUACAGGCAGAAUCCAGCAAGUCCACAUUAGAGACUAACGAUGAUGCGAGUAGACAAGUAGAUGCGAACGAUAACAUAAAUAAUAUUACGAUCAUUGACGAAUCCAAGGAAGCGUCUUAUUCAAUAUUAGAGAACGUAAGACACCAACGUCCCACGCGUAACCGACAAAAGCGUUUAAACAAUGAUUUUGUAUAUGAUUUGAAGGAAAUAGCGCAUCGAAAAGAAAGUGCCUUUACUAAUGAUUCUGAAACUUUGCAUAUACAAAAGAAAUCUAAAUUGAUUAAUUGAUGAUAUUGCGUUGUACAAUUAAUAUUUGAUAAUAUAAUUAGCAAUACUUAA